AUGGUGUCGAUACUGGUGCGGAAAUUCAACGCCUACUAUGCGAAUAGACCAGUCUUCACGACCAUGAUAACCAAUGCCGUUCUGGGAGGCAUAGCAGACACCACCGCUCAAACCCUCACCGCCUUCCGCCGCCGUCAAGCCCAACGACAAUCUGACCCCGAACCUGGCCACAAAGACGACUUCUUCUCCAUCGAGAUCCAAGACAUGGAUCGCAAAGUUCCCUGGCCCGACUCGCCCUCCCAACGCCUCGCCCCACCACCCUUCGACUUCGAGCGCAUGGUGCGAUUCAUGGCAUACCCCUUCAUCAUGACGCCGUUGCAACACAAGUGGUUCGCGUUCCUGAGUAACACUUUUCCGAUAAAAGCGGGCGUGUCGGGUGCGGGGUUACAGGCGUUGAAGAGAGUGGCUUUUGAUCAGUUGUUGUUUGCACCUGUGGGGUUGGCGUGUUUCUUUACGUUUAUGACUGUGGCUGAAGGGGGAGGGAGGAGGGCUGUUGCGAAGAAGUUCCAGGAUGUGUACCUGCCGGCGUUGAAGGCCAAUUUUUUGCCCUUUGUGUCGACCAUUGGUAUUGCGUGGACUGCGUACCUUUCUUUGACGAAUUCUGCAGAGGACGAAAGCAUCGGUCUGGCUUCACCUUAG